CAAUCAGCGAGCGCGAUACUACCGAGUCGUUGACGUCAGAGUGCAAUAUGGAGUGUAGCGUGACUUUGGUAAAGGGAGAGUAGACAAAUAGAUUUGUACGAUUAUUUUUUUCUGACACAAAAAACUAGUGUGCGCAUGAGUAUAUCGACCUCUAAAGCGACAUCCUCUGGUGUUAUUCAGACAUCCUGCUUUUUGAGUUUCGAGCUCGACUCGGUAGCUUUUACGUUAGCGCCUCUCCCUAGGAGAAACUGAUAUGCGAGUCUAUACCUGAUUUUACGGUAAAUAUCAAACACGGAUAAGUAGAAAUUUUAGAGGUGGCAAUUGUUUUUUAAAGGUGUAAUUGCAUCGUUGGACACAUCUAAAUAUAAGCAUUUUGCUGUUAUGAAAUGUUUAGUGAAUCUAUAGUGAUUAAUAUUAAUAACAGAGUGUGGGUGAACUUUCCAAGCGUCCAUCAAAAGCAACCUUGUGAUUACCGUAAAACUUGCUAUAGAGUCGCACUGCAGCAGGUUUGACAGGCGCAUGCCUCUGCACUGAGCGUCUGGCGUGUCCACUUUGUGUCAUAUAUUUUAGUAAUAUAUAUAUUUUUAUAUUACACCAUGACAGCUGAAACUUUGUACGUUUCUGAACAGCGUGUGAACCAAUCUGGUUGUAGCAGGUGAAAGCUCCAGUUUCCGGACACUGUGUAAAGCCUCUCUGCGCCUUUUGCAUCCAGGGGAUUCGUCUGGACUCUACGACUUGUGUUGCAUAUUUAUUUGUGCGUGUUAAACAUGCUGCUGUCGUUGGUCGUCCACACGUAUUCUUUGCGCUACUGCAUUCCGGCUGCGGUCAUGCUGGGCACUGCGCCGGUGUACCUGCUCUCCUGGGGCGCGUGGAGGUUCCUCUCCACGCUCCUACCCACCAGGUUGUACCACAUCGUGGACGAUCACUUGUACACAGUGUACCAAAGCAUGGUUCUGUUCUUCUUCGAGAAUUACACUGGGGUGGAGAUUAUUAUUUAUGGAGACAUACCAAAGAAGAAGGAGAAUGUUCUCUAUCUCUCCAACCAUCAAUCCACAGCGGAUUGGAUCGUCGCCGACAUGCUGGCGAUUCGCCAAAACGCGCUCGGCCAUGUGAGAUACGUGUUGAAAGAUGGUCUGAAGUGGCUUCCGUUGUACGGCUGGUAUUUCUCUCAGCAUGGUGGUGUUUACGUCAAGCGGAGUGCCAAGUUUGAUGAAAAGGCCAUGAGAAGGAAACUCCGCUCUCAGAUGGAUGUAGGAGCACCGAUGUACCUUGUCAUAUUCCCAGAGGGAACUCGCUACAACCCUGAAUUUAAGGAGGUGAUCAAGGCUAGUCAGGCGUUUGCAGCCAAAGAAGGUCUUUCAGUACUAAAACACAUUCUGACACCGAGAAUGAAGGCAUCGCACGUAGCAAUAGACUGCAUGAAGGAGCACCUGGACGCAGUUUACGAUGUCACGGUGGCAUACGAAGGGACGCUGAGUGCGGAUGGGAAAAGACGCUCUGCCCCUUCAAUGCCCGAGUUCCUUUGUAAAGAAUGCCCCAGGGUGCACAUUUACUUCGAGCGCCUGGACAUGAGGGAGAUCCCCCUAGAACCUGUUUUUUUCCGCAGGUGGCUUCAUGAUAGAUUUGAGAUGAAGGAUAAGUUGCUGACGUCCUUCUACGAGUCUGAGGAUCCCAAAGUAAGGUGCAAGUUUCCAGGAGAAAGUCGAAGGUCACUUCUCAGCCUCAAAAAAACGCUGCCUUCUCUACUGGUGUUGAGCAGCCUCACGUUGCCGGUGCUCUUCACCGAGUCAGGUAGAAAACUCUACGUGAAAACGUGGAUCUAUGGGACUUUUUUGGGAUGGCUGUGGGUUUAUAUACGUCCGUGAAAAAAAAAAAAGAAACCACCGACGUCUAGCCAUCUUGCGUCAGCGUGAGGGGAGACAGGAGCUGGUUCGAUCGAGGAGAGGAGAGGAGAGGAGAAGAGAGAGGUUCUGAUUAGACCUCGUGCGGUCACAUCUUGGAGGUGUUUGUAGGGCCAAGAGUUUUUUUCUGGCGAAAGGGUUCACUGCAUCUUUUUUUCUCAAAGGCUUUGUUUGGUUUUAACGUUUUCAGUUCAGAGUCUAUGAUGUAGGUUAUCUUACUGUUGUGAGCUGAAUUUUUAGUGGGGUUGAAAAGCUUACACAAAGGAUUGGUAAAGAUAUAUUUUUAUUGCAUUUAUUGCAUUAUUAUUAAUUGCAUUUUUUUUUGUUUUGAUUUGAUUUUUUUUUUUACUUUUUGCAUUAAAACUUAAUUUGUAAUCGGGCUCGGUUGAGAUUUUGAGAUGUUUGUUUUUUUGCAUGAUAUUUUGAUUGGUUUACACGCUGCGUGUGCUUUAUUUCUUUAUUUUGAUCAGUAAUUUUUGUUUUUUGCUAGGUUUUUUUGUUUUGUUUCUUUGCACAAAUUGUUCGUUUAAACAAUAUUGCCAAACUUCAGGAUGCAGGAGCAAUAUAUUGUCACUAAAUACCUAUCUAAUAAAUAUAUAUGCAGUAAAAUGCAACAGAGAAGCAUUUCACUGUACUCUGCCUUUAACGUCCAAAAAAAACGAACCCGGUUACCUCAAUCGCAUUUUUCCGUUAUUUGGUUGUUGACAAAAACGUGUUGUAUAGACGUUCGUAUGUUUUGCAAGCAACGAUAAAAUAACGUUAAUGUAAUGGUUUCUGCCGAUGCAAAAAAAAAAAAAAAAAAAAACUGGACUUGGAGAAUACAAUUAUUAAUAAUUUAGUUGAUGCCAUUUGAUCAAUAUAGCGAGUGCCUUUAACACGUCGAAGGUUCUGCUUAGCUGUGGGACGUUUUUUUUUCUUUCUAGUGGCGUUACCAGUAUUACGCUAUUAUGCAAUUUCCCGCUUACAUGUCGACAUUUUUACACUCUUUUAAAUGUCCGUGGAAGAAUAUUAUUCUGAUAUCUGUAUCAGUUGAGGCAUAUAUUAAAAAAACGAUCGGAAGGAAAUCCUUCGGCAGAAGAACAAUGCGUAAAAGCACGCAGGAACUUGCAGCUUCUUAAAUGUGCAACAUGUGAAUAAGAAAAAUUCUCAGUGUUAAAUCUUUUUUCUGUUCGGUGAGCUCAUGCACACUGUAGCGUUGGUUUCCUUUCCAUGGCUGCCAGGAGUAAAACCCAGUGUAGUCGUCUGCUGAAUUUAAUUUAAUUGGAAAUCUUAUUGAUAUAAUUGGUGCUGCUGCUUCAUGAAUGAGCAGGAGUGCAUGUGAUCCUAUUAAAGUGUUGGUUGAAGUUG